AUGGAAUGGACCGUGGCGAGGCAAAGGCUGAAGAAGAUGAGCCACGAUCAGCCGCCGCUUAGCAAUUCACUCGUACCCGCUUCUCCACCUCCGCUCAACUUUUCCGAGCUCUGCAAGACCUCGGUUCAGCCCCCCCUCGAAACUUCCUACAGAGUCGUUCCCAAUGAAUAUGUACGGUUAUGAGUGUGUAUAAGUGAACAACAGCUUUCCUUUAUUGUUAACUUGAUUCGAAUGAAAAUUUUUUCUGAACCUUUUUAGAUCGACGAAAGAGAAAAUAGAAUAUUUGAAGAUCGUUAACCAGGUAAAACUUUGAAAUUCUUUUUGCAAACGCGAAAAUUCGCGUGCUAGCGGUUUCGAAUAAAGUUUUACUGAAAUAUUUGAAUAUAACACGUUUUUGAAUCUGACUAGCCUCAAUUUUUCAAGCUUUUACUUUUCGAAUUCGAACCGAAUCAAGUCCUGUUCGGUCAAGCCAGGAGGUUGAUCGAAAAGAAGAUAUCAAGAGGAAUAAGCCUGUCAAGAGGCUCAUGGUUCCGAGAGUAUGAGGAAAAAGCCGUUGAUUUCAAUAGAUAUUCGUUUAACUUAUUCUUCAGUUUGGGUAUCUUUUUGAUAAGUUUAACGAAUAAUGGACCUCACGAAUGAGAUUUUCGCCGCCAAAAGCCAUGAUGAAGCGCCGCAAAAGUACGUGGGGAUUUGUUUGCAGCCAAACAACUUGUCAGUCUGUCACCAAACACGCGUGCCGACCUGCUAAUUCUGCCAAAUAUACGUGCUUUGGCGGCACUCCGUUUGCGGAGGCUCCGCAUGAGGUGCGCGAACGUCAGAAUCCGACUCCGUGGGCUAAGCCUCAUCCCCUCAUCGGAAAGCUUUAUACGAAAUUGAUAAAGUGGCACGUCUUCUGUUCAUGA